CAACCUAGAAGUACACAACAUUGCUUGUACGAUUAUUUUUCCGUUAGGAGCACGUAUAGUUUUUUAACUUUAAAUUCUAUAACGGAAAAAAAAACUAAAGAGUGCUCGACUUUUAUUUUGAAGAAAGAGAAAGACCAACGGUGGCCAUAUAUUGAAAUGUACACGCAGUUGCUCUAUCAGCUCGUGUAACUUAACCAGAAAUACGGGUUGAUAGUAGAUGUUGCAGCAGGUUUUCAGGCCACCCGCUUCCACAAUUGUACAACGUAUUUGCGGAAUCGAUCAACCUGCCAAGAAAGUUUUUUUUUAUUCGAGAUCAGCGUGCUGUUGUUUUGUUCUUCGUUAUGGCUGUGGUCAUCCGAUUACAGGGACUCAGAAUCACGGCUGGUUCUGAGGAUAUUCGCAAUUUCUUCACUGGCCUCAAAAUCCCAGAUGGUGGGGUGCAUAUCGUUGGUGGCGAACUUGAGGAAGCAUUCAUCAUCUUUGCAUCUGAUGAAGAUGCCAGGCGUGCAAUGACUCGCUCGGGCGGUUGCAUUAAGGGGUCUCCUGUUAACUUACUGCUGAGUAGCAGAUCGGAGAUGCAAAAGGUUCUUGAGGCAAGCACUAAGAAGCCAGAGGGCAAUAGUAGGAGGAUGUACAAAGACAAUGGUCGACCUGCAGAAGCUGAACCAUUGUCUUUUGGUGGGAAACUUUCCAUGGAGCGACCAAGAGCAGAUGGGAAUCUUCACCCAGAGACUGGAAAUGGGUCACUUUCCAGUGGGAGACGCAGUCAGAUAAGGCAACCUGGACCAGAUAGCAAAGAUAACGUGUACUUGCAUUUGUUCGGCAUGCCGUUUUCAGUCACGAAGGACGAUGUCCUGCAAUUUUUUGAGGGAUUGCGGGUUGAUGACAUAAUUCUUAUGAGAAAUAAUCGUGACAUGCUAAACGGUUCUGGCAUGGUGAAAUUUGCAACAAGCCAGGAUGCUGCUGAGGGUCUGAAGAGGGACCGUGAAUACAUUGGAUCUCGGUACGUUCGCGUCAAUCCAAGUGCUGAGAAGCAGUGGUUGGAGGCAGGUGGAGGCAGUGAACCAGCCAUAGACCCCACUGAGUACAGUCCCAAGCCAAGCCCUUCGUACACUUCAAGAAAACAUGUACCUGAUCGCCCGAAAUCACGCUCACCUGUGGCAUACCGUUCUCGAUCUUCCUCUCCUUCUAAGGAGGAGUUUUGUGUGAUGGUAGAGAACAUUUCUUAUGCUGUGGAGAAGAGGGACAUAAAAGGAUUUUUCCACCCCAUUCCCUUGAAGGAUGAUCAGAUCAUUCAUGUAAACGAUAAAUAUGGGAAAAGAACAAGGGCUGCUUUUGUCUUGUUCAGUGGUCUAAGGGACUAUUGUGCUGGCCUGUCUCGCCACAAGGAACAGUUGGCCAACAAAACCGUGACUGUAUCUCCUAUUUCUAAAGAGAAGAUGAUUGCCAUGCUGCAGUCAAUGAACCAGCAGCUAGAUGACCAAAAGAGGCUCAGACAUUCAGGUCAAAUAUCACCAUCCCCCAGCAAAGAGGAGUUUGACUCAGACAGAGUUUGCCUCUAUGUGCGCAAUCUCCCUUUUGAUGUUCGCAAGGUGGAGAUUAUGGACUUCUUCCAUGGCUUUAGAAUUUCAGAAGAUUCCCUUAUUCUGCUCCGAGAUGAACAUGGAGCUGGACUUGGUGAAGCACUGCUCAUUUUUCAAACUGAAAACGAGGCAGUGAUGGCACAGUCUCUGAAUGGGCAACGUUUUCUGGGUUCAGAGGUAAUGUUGAAAUGCAUCUCCCGGGCUCAGAUGCGAGAGUUUGGUAUAUCUGACCCAAAAGGUUUUGGCCAGAAUGACAUUCCAAGGGAAACUGGUGAGGUGAGAUAUCCGGCAACGCAAGAUCGCAGACCUAAUUUCUCUGCAGACGAAGUGUACAUGGAUGCCUUGGCUCCACCAGACAUCCACCCACACCAUCAUGAUAUGCCUGUUCACACUUUUGGGCGAAGAGGAGGCCAGUAUGACCUACAGUUAGAUCACCCUGACGCUUUUGGAGGCAGAGGAGAGGGCCCCUCGAAUCAAGGCUUUGGGCAAUCUGGGCAGCAGUUUGAUAAACCCAGCUGUGUGAAGCUUUCAAAUCUGCCAGCACAGAUCAAAAUUGACGAGAUCUAUGAUUUCUGCUAUGGCUACAGAGUGAUUCCUGGAUCUGUGACAGUACAGUGUGACAGACGUGGUUUGAAUGGUUCUUCUACAGUUGUGUUUGAAUCACACCGUGAAGCAUUAACUGCUGUUAAAGAAUUGCAUGGAAGGCCCAUUGGGAAGAGAAAGGUCUCAGUGAAGUUUGAAUGAGAGUUAUUAUAGCCAGAUAUGAAACUGCAAAUCUAGAGUAAUAUUUGUAUUGUGGCAAUUGUGUAUUGUUGAUGUUUGGGCUCAAAGACAAGUAUGUCAGCUUGGUUUUAGUCUUUAGAUUUUAGUUGUUUAAUAUGGAAAGAUAAACUGUGCAUAUGAUGCAGUAAUUUUCAUGUACAAGUGGUUUUUCAAAUGUAUGAUUUUUUUUUUCAUGUUUAUUGCCUCACAACAAAAUGAUUAGUGGCCACAGUUAAGUAAUGAAUGAAGAAUUAUCAAUGUUAUGUUUGUAUCAGCAUAGGAUAUGACAUGGCGUGCUCUAGUAAAGACCUUUAUUUGAA